AUGGCGCAGACUCAGUCGCACCAGCUUCCUCCUCGCGCGUUUUCUCCCCCUGCCGCAAGUCCCUCCCCUGGCACCCAGUCUUCGGCUCCAGGUAACGCUCCUCCUCCGCCGAAACGACAGCGCCUCUCGCCUCUCCCGCAGUCACAGUCAUAUAACUCUCCUCACUUCGCGCCUGUCCAGCUGCCGACGAACGGAAGCCCCAUGAACGGCACCUCUGUCAACGGCAUGUCGAAGCAGCAGCCUGGCCCAAAUGCGCCCCCGCCACCGGGCUCGAUGGGCCCUCCCUCGCGUCCGGUAGAGAAGGCCACGGACACGGCCGAGCUUACGGACGUUCUCGCCUCGUCCGGUAUAGACGUGAAGGAGGAGGAAGCCUUUCUGACCAGCGGAUACGGGAAACCGUCGACAACCCAGGCCCAAGUUCCACAGCAAGCACAGCUUCAGACCGCAUCACACCCCUCGCAGCCACCACGACUCCAGACCAGCUUCUCAAACUCCUUUAAUUCUCUGCCAUCUGCGGGCUCCGUCACCUCAACAAACAGUUUUUCAGAUUCAACCGCCAAACAACCCGCCUUUCAACCUAUAGCCUAUUCUCCCCAGGUACCGACAGCUGCUCCGCCUGCCAAAUCGGUGGAAGAACUGGCGCAAGAUGAGAAACUACGGCAGGACACCGCAGCUAGCCGGAGAGAACAGUACCACCUUCAGGCGGCCUUCCUACAGACAGCGGUUAUGGAGAAGAAACUAGAGAAUCAUGCUGCGGAACACGGGGUCAGGAUGCCCAUGGGCGGUGUAUUCAGACCGCUCCCCGGACGCCCAACCGGUCCCGUUGAAGUCAGUGGUCCAGACGGCUCCUCGGUGGUCCGAAGAGACCAGACUAUUCUCAACCCAGAGUCUGCAUUGGGUGACAUCAUCUCCUUACUCUCGCUAGCUGCGGAAGAACGGCUGAGAUCAGUCAUCGAUCACUCUGUUACACUGUCUAGAAAUCGACGCGUGAAUUCCCACGGUGCUGUACCGCCUGAAUGGAUCGACCUAGCUGCUGUACCUGAGCCGUCUGGUGUCGACGCUGCCGUGACAGAUCAAACCGCCCCGGCCGAAGGUGCAGCUAGUAAUACCGCUGAAGUGGCGAAAAAAGCCACACCGAGUGCCUUGACUUUAAAGAGCCGUCGACUAAUCGACAGGGACGAGUCACACGAAGAGCGUCGGGCUGCCAAACGCGCAAAACGCAAUGCGGAUGCCAUACUCGGUGCCGAUGGCCGACUAUCCACCCCGGGAGUGGCCACACCCAAUGGCCUAUUAGGCGAACGGGCGCCAGAUAUCGAUAAGAAGAUAUCCAAGAAGGACAUCAAAAAGGUCGACGUGAAGGCUACAGGUGCGGUACAGCACCAGCAUGCAGUAGAAACAGCUCGCAUGCAGACAACCAGCCUCUCUUCAAGGUUCGGUAAGAAAGGCGGCUACAGCUGGUUGAAAUCCUCUCAACCAGCUGCUAGCAGAAGUGGGUUCUCGACACCUUCUCGACUAAGUACAGUGACCGCUGCUGGAUCGGCCUCGGGUGUCACCGGCAAGCCAAAUUCUACGGCCGUUGGGAUCAAGGCUAUUCGCAAGCAAUUUGGUGAUUGGCGAGAGGAUAAGGAACAUGGAGCUGGCAUCCAGAUUCGAGAUAUACUAUUUACACUAGAGGUGGACGGUAGAGGCCUGAAGCAUUUACAGAAAGCUUACUCCAAGGAUGCAAAGGAAGAUAGCGAAGUCUCCUAA